AUUCGUGCGUAGAAAAACCCGCCGCCCUGCAAGUUACGAAUAGUAAGUGUAGAACAAAUUGGAAUUCCCUUCUUGUCAACUUCCAGGAACGAAACCCUGUCGCAAGAUUUCUUUCCCCGUUUUCCCAUUUCCCUAAUUCAAUAAUUUCCUUUCUUUUUUAACCGACCAAGGCGAUAUUAUUCCCUUUCUUCAUUUCUUUUUCUUCUUUCUACUCAACACUGAACGCGAAAUCUUGCUGAAUAUUCCCAAGUUCUUUAAUUUUCCAUCAAUACUGCCUCCAAGGUUCUCUGUUAUUUCGAUCAAAACAUGGCUGAUAAGCCCAUUUCAGAUAAUUUGGAAAGGCUUUCCUUGAAUUCGAAUGGGGAUUCUGUAGUGAAGAGCCCUUUUGUUUUGUGCUUUGGGGAAUUGUUGAUUGACUUUGUCCCGACAAUUAAUGGAGUUUCAUUAGCUGAAGCUCCUGCCUUCAAAAAGGCUCCAGGUGGUGCUCCUGCUAAUGUUGCUGUAUGUGUGGCACGACUUGGAGGAUCUUCAGCUUUUAUUGGAAAGGUAGGAGAGGAUGAGUUUGGACAUAUGUUGGCUGAUGUACUGAAAGAAAACAAAGUUGAUAUUUCUGGUAUGAGGUUUGAUUCCUCAGCAAGAACUGCGUUGGCAUUUGUUACACUCAGAGCUGAUGGUGAGCGUGAAUUUAUGUUUUUCCGCAAUCCGAGUGCUGAUAUGCUUCUUCGGGAGUCAGAACUUGAUAUUGACUUAAUUAAAAAGGCAGCCAUCUUCCACUAUGGUUCAAUUAGUUUGAUUGAAGAGCCAUGCAAGUCCUCACAUCUAGCUGCAAUGGCCAUUGCAAAAAAGUCUGGGAGCUUACUGUCUUAUGACCCAAAUUUGAGAUUGGCUUUGUGGCCUUCAGCUAAUGCUGCUUGGGAGGGUAUAAUGAGUAUAUGGGACCAAGCAGAUAUUAUCAAGAUAAGUGAGGAUGAAAUCACAUUUCUGACUGGAGGUGAUGAUCCUUACAAUGAUGAUGUGGUAUUAAAUAAACUUUUUCAUCCAAAUUUGCGACUUCUACUGGUAUCUGAAGGCUCACAGGGCUGCAGAUAUUACACAAAGCAAUUUAAGGGAAGAGUUCCUGGUUUGAAAGUCAAACCUGUUGACACCACGGGUGCUGGUGACGCAUUUGUUGGUGGAUUAUUGAGCAGAUUGGCUUCUGACCUAAAUCUUUAUCAGGAUGAGAAUCGGUUGAGGGAGGCUCUAUAUUUUGCCAACGCCUGUGGUGCACUAACCGUAACAAAGAAUGGAGCUAUCCCUGCCCUUCCAACAAUUGAUGAAGUCGAACGACUUGUAAGCGAGGUCGCUGCUUGAGUAGAAUGUUAUACAAUUAGUCACUCUUAUCCUGUUUCUCCUGCGUGGUUUGACUUGUUUAAUGUAACUUGGUUCCGCUGCUGCGGCAAGCAUGAGUUCCUCUUGACCUGCACUUGAUAAAUAGCGGUCUGCGAUUCAGCCGUCGUAGAAGGGUAGCUGCAGAAGUUCCACCAUUUUCCCUAUUUUCGUGGAGCAGGGAGGGUCUUCGGUAAAUGCUGUUUCUCCAUCUUCCCGAGGAAGGAGGUAAAAAAUCCUCUUCUUGCCUGCUGGUAGGUAAGAGACACAAGCUGAUCCCGUCCUAGGGAAAUUGGAAGUUCAUUCAACAUGAAUGGAUGGUGUAAUCAACUGUAACUGUGGGACGGCAUAUCUACCAGUUCAUGCAUGCACUAUAGUCAAUUCUGAUAAAUUCCAGCA